CGUUGGCAUCUGUCUAGCUUAGCAAAGUGCUGUUCUUGUCGGUGAGGGAUGUGCGUCCAUGUUCUUCGUUCGUGAAAUACGUGGCUUAAAUUGCUUCUAGAAUAAUAAAUUUCUUAUAAGGAGUUUCGGUUAAAAGAAAACAUGCAGAUCUUUGUUAAAACUUUGACGGGUAAAACUAUUACCCUAGAGGUUGAAGCAAGUGAUACUAUUGAAAAUGUGAAGCAAAAAAUUCAAGAUAAAGAAGGUAUCCCACCUGAUCAACAGAGAUUGAUUUUUGCUGGUAAGCAACUGGAAGAGGGACGCACUUUAUCUGACUAUAAUAUCCAGAAAGAAUCAACUUUGCACUUGGUACUUCGCCUCAGAGGUGGUGCUAAGAAGCGAAAGAAGAAGAAUUAUACUACACCCAAGAAAAAUAAGCAUAAGAAGAAGAAAGUCAAGCUUUCUGUUUUAAAAUUCUACAAGGUCGAUGAAAAUGGUAAAAUCACCCGUCUUCGUAGGGAAUGUCCUAAUGAGGAGUGUGGAGCUGGGUCCUUCAUGGCUUCGCACUUUGAUAGACAAUACUGUGGAAAGUGCUGCUUGACUUUUGUGUAUAAUAAACCAGAAGAUAAAUAAAUGAAAUAAAACAACCA